UGGAAAUUGUUUAGUUGUUGUGUUAGCAGAUUUGUUAGCAGACCACUGCAUCGCAGUGCGACGUAAAGUGUACGUGACAAAAAUUUGUGUGUUCAUAUUUUGUAAACACUUCAUAUUUGGGAAUCAUUCUAGAGGGGUUGUUUCUUUUCACUCGGUGAUUUUUAAUCAAGCUGGAAAAUGGCCGAACGCCCUGCGAUCGCCUCGGCUUUACUUUCGCAAGAAAAGCCUCUUGUAAAAAUUGGACAUUAUGUUUUGGGAGAAACAUUGGGAGUUGGCACUUUUGGAAAAGUCAAAAUUGGUGAACAUCAACUUACUGGCCACAAAGUUGCAAUAAAGAUUCUUAAUCGCCAAAAAAUAAAAAAUCUGGAUGUUGUUGGAAAGAUUCGGAGAGAGAUUCAAAAUUUGAAACUAUUUCGCCAUCCACACAUUAUCAAAUUGUACCAAGUAAUUAGCACUCCAACAGAUAUUUUCAUGAUUAUGGAGUAUGUUUCAGGAGGAGAACUUUUUGACUACAUUGUUAAACAUGGAAAACUGAAGGAGCAUGAAGCCAGGCGUUUCUUUCAGCAGAUCAUUUCUGGAGUAGAUUAUUGCCAUCGUCAUAUGGUUGUGCACAGAGAUUUGAAACCAGAAAAUCUUUUACUAGACUCUAAUCUUCAUGUGAAAAUCGCAGAUUUCGGUCUCAGUAACAUGAUGAUGGACGGCGAAUUCUUGCGUACCAGCUGUGGAUCUCCAAACUACGCAGCACCAGAAGUUAUUUCGGGAAAAUUGUAUGCUGGCCCAGAAGUAGAUGUAUGGUCUUGUGGUGUCAUCCUUUACGCGUUACUUUGCGGCACCUUGCCGUUUGAUGACGAGCACGUCCCAACACUCUUUCGCAAAAUUAAAUCUGGAGUGUUUCCAAUACCAGACUAUCUAAACAAAUCAGUUGUGAACUUACUGUGCCAUAUGCUCCAGGUGGACCCCAUGAAGAGGGCCACGAUAGACGAUGUCAAGAAGCAUGACUGGUUUGCCAAGGAUUUGCCUGCCUACUUGUUUCCUUCCCCGGUUGAACAGGAUACGUCUGUGAUCGAUACGGAUGCAGUCUCUGAAGUUUGUGAGAAAUUCGGGGUGCGUGAGCAAGAAGUGCACAGUGCCCUUUUAAGUGGAGAUCCGCACGAUCAGUUGGCUAUCGCAUACCACCUUAUUGUGGAUAAUAAGCGCAUCGCAGAUGAAGCCGCCAAAGCCGAACUGCGAGACUUUUACAUUGCGGGUAGUCCUCCCCCAGCUGCCUUCAGCCCUGGCGACUCUAGCCCCACACCAUCGGGAGGGAUAAAACCUCAUCCGGAGCGUAUCGCGCCUGCGUUCCGUGAACGAGCAGCCAGUGCCGGCGAACGAACUGCACAAAAGACCCCAAUGAAACGAGCCAAAUGGCAUUUAGGCAUCAGAUCACAAAGUAAGCCUCAUGACAUCAUGUACGAGGUUUACAGAGCCAUGAAGACUUUGGAUUUCGAAUGGAGAACGGUGAAUCCCUUUCAUGUUCGCGUACGUAGCAAGAACCCGGUAAAUGGUCGAUACGCAAAAAUGUCGCUGCAACUCUACCAAGUCGAUUACAAAUCGUACCUGUUAGAUUUUAAGAGCCUCAGCACAGAAGAAAACGAACAACUAAGCUCCAAUCCAGACGUGUCGCAAUCUCAGCUGUCGAUUGGUGGAGGACACCCAACGAUGGAGUUUUUCGAAAUGUGUGCUGCUUUAAUUACGCAGUUGGCCCGUUGAUCAAAACCGUCCGCCAAACGCGAAGAUUGUCCAUACGCCACUAUUACAUAGCAAUCGUUUUUCUUAAUUAAUUUUACUAAUUGUUUCUCGUCUCCCCUUCUUAUUAUAAUCUCAUUCGCUUUCAUCGUA